CGCUGAUGUACCUCUAAUGUCACCAAGUGGCACUUUGCCACCAAUAUAUCUUCCUCCUGGUUACAUGUCUCAGGUGGUGGAAGAAAAUGGCAUUCGCAAAAUUAUCAUUGUGCCUCAGACAAUUGACUAUCACACAACCAUGCCUGCUCCUAUACAACAAGUACCACACUUCAUUACACCAUCCUCUCCUAUAUAUCCACAAGGUGCUCAACUUAUGCAUCCCCCAGCUCAAAGGGAGUUUCCACCACCUUACAUCCAAGAGCCUAUGUCACAGCAGCUGCCACCACCACCGCUGCCACCACCACCGCUACCACCACUAGCAACACUUAUAUACCAUGAGCAACAAGAAACUUAUUCCCAUGGAAGAGCAAAUUAUAACCAGUUUGAUGAAAGGGCUGCUAAAAUGGAAGAACAUAUGAAGAAAAAUCUGGGAGAAUGUAAAGGUGGCGUACACAAUAGCUAUAUGGUUAACAACACCUCUUUGCUUGUGAACAAAACCAAUGAUUUCUCCAGUAUUCCUCCUACUCCAAGCACUUACACUGUGGACUAUGUUCCAAGUACCUACACUGUUGACAAUACCUUAAGCACCUACACUGUGGAAAAUACUACACAAACCUACACUGUUGAUAAUACAUCAAGUGCCUACACUGUAGACAACACUUCAAGCACUUUCACUGUGGACAAUGGCCCAAGUAUGUACACGGUAAACAAUGCUCAGAACAUUUACACUGCUGACAAUACUCUCAGUACUUACACUGUUGACAACCCUCAAAGCACUAACAUUGCUGAUGAUACUCCUAGCAAUUCUUCCACUGACCAUGUGCCUAGUACUCCCACUACAGACAGUGCUCUUCCUUCCACAAUUGAUAGUGUUCCAAACCCUUCCAGCACUAAUUAUGUCCCCACGCCUUCCACUCUGACAGCACUCCCAAACCAUCACCUAUUGACAGCACUCCAAGCCCUUCCAUUUCUGGCCAUGCUUCUAACACUCCCAUCUCUGAAAGUGCUCCCAGCACUCCCAUCUCUAAAAGUGUUCCCAGCACUCCCAUCUCUGAAAGUGCUCCCAGCACUUUGGCCGUUGACAGUGAUCUCACUGCUUCCAAUGCUGCCAGCAAUUCCAACACCGUCAGUGCUCAUGUUGAGACUAGCCAUGGAAAGAAAUGGAGUGCUACAAGAAGUAGAGACAUCAAGCAGAAACCAGGUGGAAAACAAAACAAAGCAUCAUCAAAUGCUGCAGAAAAGGAUUUCUGAUAUUCAAACAAGAUCUGCUGUUAUUUCAUGGAAACUACAUGGUUCUAAGAAGUGUAAUCACACCAAAUCUCCUGUGACAUUUGAACUGGCAAUAUCUAACAGUGUGAGAAAAUCACUAUUAGUCUUAUAUAGUGAUCGUCCACGGUCAGCUGAGAAAGGUGCUUGUGGGCCCACAGGGAUCAGUGUUCCCCCUGGAAAUGGUGUGUUAAAAACACGUGAUUCUUGGGGGACCUGCCUCAUAUCCAAGAUGGCUGACUGGUCGACGACUGAUUCAGAGGAGCCUGAUGAGGUUAUUCUGUGGAGACUGGAGAGGGGAGAAAACUACUCAAGGACAAGGGACAAGGCUGGAGAGGCUCAGCAGGGUGGGGAAUCUUGCAGGCCCACAAAGGCUUUAGCUUUUCAUCAGUAUGAAAUGGGUGAGGAUGACAAGGCGUUGAGCUUGACGAGAGUUGGCCAAAGGCCUGCUGUUGCAAGAUUUAACAAAUGA